AUGUCUACCAUAUUCCCAACAUGGCCGCAUGCCCUCUUCGCAGUCAUUGAGCCGAUUUCACUUGUCGCGGGCUACCUGGCCCCAAUAAUAGACCUGCAAGGUUUCAUCGCUGGCCAAACACCGCAUAUCGCGGCUCCCACGUCCAUUCACCCCAGCAGCGUCGCGCUCGCGUACCAGUUGGGAAACCUAUACGGUCUUCUGCUUCUACUGGGAAUUGCUGUUAUUUAUGGCACAUCUGAGCCCAAAGUAUUGCGGAACUACCUGAUCGCACUGGCAAUUGCAGAUCUUGGGCAUAUCUAUGCUACGUAUCUCGCAAUGGGCUGGGAAGCUUUUGUGGAUGUUUCAACCUGGAAUGCUCUUACAUGGGGAAAUAUCGGAGCAUCUGCCUUCCUAUUUGUGAAUAGGAUAGCGUAUUUCUUAGGAUUCUUUGGAUAUGCAAAGGGGCCAAAAGGCGCUGAGAAAAAGGCCUGA